AUGGAAGCGUUGUCUGCACAGCGGGCGGUUCAAGUUGUGAUCGUUGUCACGCAGGAGAACGCAAUAUUGUUAUCCGGCCGAUCGCAGAAAUCGACAACUGGACCACCGCCAGGCCCUACACCUGCCCAAAAGGCACGAAUGCGUGCCCUCAACAUCGACCGAGUCUCGCGUGUCUUCUUCCCUUUCCUAUUCGCCGUGUUGAACGUAACUUAUUGGAUAAUGUUCGCCGAGUAUAUUUAAGCCAUGAAAACGCAACGUAAGUCGGAACGUCGGCUCUCGAGAACGAAGGCAUCGGACCGAGAAACGAAGAAACAAUACCGAAAGAAGACGUGAAAAACGAUCAUAAUUCGGAUCAUAGUUGUCCAUGUCGUCCAAGGAUACCAUCGACGAUGGAACGUGAGGAUGUUACCAGAGAUCGAAAGUGAAUCCUCGUUUUUCUUCAGGUUGUUCUAAUUAAUAGACAACAGUGAUAGAGAUCGAGAUUCGAAGGGUCUUGCAGGGUAGAUGGAGAAUCUUGGCGCAGCGCGAAGAAGAAAGUAACGUUCAAUGGUGUACAGUGUGAAAGCAAUAAAUGAAAUUUAUAAAAAAAAAAAAGGAAAAGAAUAGAUCUAAAUCUAAAGAUUCAGAAGACAUCGAACAGCCUUUUCAUUGAACAUUAACCCAUUAAGAACCAAGCAACAUUUCAUGAAAUUUCAUAGAAUUAUAGAAUUGCAAGGUGUAAUCGACGAGAUAAUAUUAAAAUAAAAUUAUUAUUAAAUAUUGUUAAUUUUUUAGAAUUUCUUUUUAUAA